AUGGCCUGUAUGAAGGUCCUGCUGGACCGCAUGUUGCGCACGGGGUACAACAUCGUCCAGGAGAACGGACAGAGGAAGAUCGGACCACCGCCCGACUGGCAGGGGCCCCCUCCCGCCCGUGGCUACGAGGUGUUUCUGGGGAGGAUCCCGCGCGACCUCUACGAGGAUGAGCUGGUGCCCGUGCUGGAGACGGUGGGGAAGCUCUACCAGCUCCGCCUCAUGAUGGAGAUUAGCGGAGAGAACCGCGGCUAUGCGUUCGCUACCUACGCGACGCUCGUCGAAGCCACGGAUGCCGUCAAGAAACUCAACAAAUUAGAGAUCCGUCCCGGACACCGCAUUGGAGUCCACUUUAGCGUGGACAAUCGCCGCCUCUUCAUUGGGGGGCUGCCAGAGGACAAGAAGCGAGCGGAGGUGAUGAUGGCGAUGAGCGGUGCCACGGAGGGCGUGGUGGACGUCAAGAUGAGCGUCUGUCGCUGGGACAAAACUCUCAACCGAGGCUACGCGUUCAUCGAGUACGGGAGCCAUCGCGCGGCCGCCAUGGCCAGGAAGAAGCUCCUUCGAAUCACCUUGCAGCUAUGGGGCCGGACCAUCAAGGUGGACUGGGCCAUCUCGGAGCGGGUGGCUGCGGCCGCGGCGGUGGAGAUGGAGGCGGCCGUGCCAGACCUGCUGCAGCCGGAGUGCACGGGCACCGGCAAAGCCGCACAAAGCCAAUUUGGGGGCUGGGGGGCACGCAUGCAGCUGUGGUGGGUACCUCUCCACCUGCGGCCCAUGCCCAUUGCUCUCGAGGCACUGCCGGAGGCGGCCAUGCUGUCGUGGGAGGUGCGGCUGCGGAUGCUGUGCCAGACCGCCGGCGUCAGCUACCCAAUCUUCGAGCUGCACGCUUACUCGGAGCCCGGGAUACCCGUGGGCCUCCUCUAUAAGAUGUCGAUUCCUGGGGUGGGAGGAGGCGCCGGCAUCUUCCCCGAAUUUCUGAGCUCCAGCGAGGAGGGAGCACGGGAAGUGGCGUGUCAGCUUGCCUACAACAUCUUCAACAAUGCGAAUCCCCCGCCUCCGGCCACGCCCUCUCGUGGAACCUUUCGAGCAGUGGCGGCGCUGCUGCAGUAUGUGGAGUUCAUCCAGGGCGUGGUGCUCGCCCCGGCCUCCGUGCGCGUCUCCUUCUGCGGCAGUGAGCGCACCGCCAUGAUCGACGGCACAACGGCCGCCAACCUGGAGCUGCUGCGCAACUCCCACGACCCCCGGAGCUCCCACUCGCUAUUCGGGGUGCUCAACUACACGAGGACGCGUGGAGGAGCGCGCCGGCUCAGAGCCAACAUCCACGAGCCGCUGGUGGACGAAGAGACGCUCAGAGGCCGUCUCGACUGUGUGGAUGAGCUGAUGCAGGAAGACAACUUCUAUAGAGUGCAGGCCGCUAUCAGUCAGUUUCUGGAUGUAGACCACCUGCUCUCAAUGCUGAUUCAAAUCCCUAAGACAGAGACGUUGAGAACUGCUGAGUCUAAGAUCAACUACGCCAUCCACCUCAAGCAUGUCCUGGAGUUGGUGUCUCCACUGCAGCGAGCGCUCAGCCCCUGCAAGACUCCACUGCUGACAGCCUACCAGAGCUCCCUGUUGGACUGCAGGUUCCCUGCGAUCCUGGGCAAGCUGCGCACGGUGCUGACCGACGAUUUGCCCUUCCGCAAGGGCAACCUCCUCUCGGCCAGGACACGGCGCUGCCACGUCGUGCGCCCCGGCCUCAACGGCUUCCUGGACCUCGCUCGGCGCAUCCUCUCCGAGGCUGUCGGAGACAUCGAAGAGAUCAUCAAACAGCUCUCCGAGAUUCACAACCUGCCCAUGUCCAUGAGCUACAGCGCCCUGCGUGGCUUUUACAUCCAGACGUCCGCUCACUCCCUGCAGCCCGAACAGCGUCUGCCAGAGGUCUUCAUCAAGGUGAGCAAACGUGGGAACCUUCUCAGCUACACCACCAUGGACCUCAUGAGGCUGAACUGCCGCAGCCAGGAAGCCGUGGAGGAGAUCUACCUCAUGUCCAACGUGGUGUUGUCCAAGCUGUUUGCGGAGAUCCGGGAGGACAUAGUGUGUCUCUACAAGCUUGCUGACGCAGUGUCCAUGGUGGACAUGCUGCUGGCAUUCGCUCACCGCACCACGCUCACCAAGUCCGUCCGUCCGGAAUUCUCUGACACACUGGCCCUCAAGGGGGCUCGCCACCCCAUCCUGGAGCGGGUGCUGGGCUGGCCGCUGGUGCCUAACGACGUCUUCCUGUCGGACGCCUCCAACUUCCUCGUUGUCACGGGGCCCAACAACAGCGGCAAGUCCACGCUGCUGAGACAGGUGGCACUCUGCCAGGUGAUGGCACAGAUCGGUUGCUUCGUGCCAGCCGACUUUGCCUGCGUGAGGAUCGCUGAUCAGAUCUUCACUCGCAUCGGUGUGGACGACGAUAUCCAGCCACUCUCCUCCACCUUCACCAUCGAGAUGAGAGAGGUGAACUACAUAGUUCGCACAGCCACCGACCGCUCUCUGGUGAUCAUCGACGAGCUCGGGAGGGGCACCGGGGUCCACGAGGCCCUGGGGAUCUGUCACUCGGUCUGUGAGUGUCUCCUGCAGCGCAAGACGUUCACCAUCUUCGCCACCCACCACCUGGAGCUGAGUCACCUCUCCACCCUCUACCCCAACGUCUCCAACAGCCACUUCCUGGUGGAGUCGCGCAAUCAGCAACAGCAGCUGCAGCAGCAUCGUGACGGUAAAGCCGCUGGUGCCGACGACUCGCGGACGGUGCCACGUGUGACGUGCACGUACAAGCUGGUGCAGGGGCACACGCCGGACACGCACUACGGUCUGGAGAUGGCCACGCUGUCAUCGCUGCCGCCCUCCCUGCUGCGCGACGCCACGGGGCUGCUGGCGCGGAUCGGCGGCAAGAGCUGGAUGGAGCGUCAGGCCGACUCCGCGCCCGUGCUGCGCCGAGCGGCCGUCCACCGCCUCGCGACGCGGCUGGGCCAGGCGGCGCGACACUCGCGGCUGGACGGAGCCAGCCUGGCCACGUACCUGGGGUCGCUGAGACAGCGGUACCUCGACGAGCUGGAGCACAUCGCUGACGCCACCGCUAACACCCACUGAACAACACCACCACGAACACCACCACCGCUAAC